AUGGCCAGAAGGAGGCAGGCGGGGAGUGCUCCUGUGACUGCUGGCAAAGGCGGCAAGGAGAGCGAGCACCUCAAUGAGCCAGCGCAAGACCGGGCAAUGGGGAUUGGGCGGGAUGGCGACGCCCGAUUUGGCAGAUUCGGCCAGGAUCAUGAGGGUGAGGAUGAGGAUGAGGCUGAUGGGUGGAGCGAGAGCGGGGACAGGGAGCUGCGUGUGCAGUGA